AUGGCUCGAGCAACUCGACGAUCACGUUUUGGUUUACCAGACGUAUUUUUGCAAGAGCAGAAACAACGAGAGGAUGAGUUAACAGCUGAAACGGUCAAAAAUGGUUUUACAUUUAAGCCUGUUGAUGGACUUUUGGAACAUGAAGGCUUCAAAGGUCAAGAAUUUUUUAAGAAUGCCGAUGAAGGUAUUCUGGAUUUUUUUAAAAUUAUUUUACUCAAAAAAGAAGAAAAUCAUACAAUGAAUGAUAGUACUAAACGAAAACCGCCGACAAUCAAUAAAGCACAUUUUUGGCCAUUAAUGGGUCCACGAACAGCUAAACCUUUUGAACAGUGGCUAUCAUUAUUAGCAUCAACAGAAUCACUUGGAAAAUUAGCUAAACAAGUACCAAUUAUUCUUAAAAAAGAAGAUGUUUUUCAACAUUUAUAUGAACAUAAUGUUUCACUUGUACGUGCUUGUUGGUAUAUUAAAAUGUUGGCAUUGUAUCAUAGUGCAAAUAAUGAUUCAAAACAAAAAAAACGACAUGUUGCAACUGAUCCAUGUACUGAAUGGACAAGAAUAACAAUUGAAAUUUUAAAAGAAGUAUUUGAUCGUUUAAUAAAAGAAAAUCUUCAAAGUCAACGUACAACUCCCAUACCUGAAAUCUCUACAAAUCAUUUACCUGAAAUAACAAAUGAACAACAUAAUAUAUCAUUAAAUUCAGGUUCAAUUACACCACAAUAUGCUCCUUCAACUCCUCAAUUACAUCAUUCAUUAUCAUCAACAAAUGCUCCAACAGAUAAAACACGUCGACAAUGGGAUUAUUAUAAUCGUUUAUUACGUAUAUUAUUUGAUCAAGGUUUACUCGAUCGUCAAACAAUAGUUGAAUGGAUUGUUGAUGCAUUUAUUGAUCGUAUUAAACAUAAUGAUGACAUAAAUCUUCGUUAUUUAAUUCCAAUUGUAUUUCAAUUUAGUAGUGAAAUAUUAGAAUAUGAAAUAUUUUCACGUAAAAUAGCUUAUUAUUGUUGUAAACGUCUUGGUCAAUAUCAUACAGAUAUAAAUCAACCAAUUAAUUUUAAUAAUUCAUUAUCAUGUCCACAACAUCGUAUUAUAAUUUAUUCAUUAUCAGCUAUAAUACAAUGUAUUACAUUACGUUGUCCAUCAGCUUUACUUUAUAAUAAUCCAAUAGAUGAUCCACAAAAAUCAGAUACAUUAUUAUUAAAUUAUGGUUCACCAUUAGAUUUUUUACCAUGUUCACCAUCACAACUUCCAUUACCAAAUGGUAUUGAUCAACAAUUAAUAAAACAAAUGUUAAUACAAUCAGAAGAUGAAAUACGUUUACGUAGUCAUGCUAUUGAACAUAAAUGGUCAACAGAAAAAUUACAACAAAGUAUAUCAGGUCAAACAAUAUCACGUAUAUUAUCUGUACUUGAAAUACUUGAUGAAUUUAAAGAAGAAAAAUAUUUAUUAGAUAAUGUUUAUAAUAAAAUUUAUACACAAACAUUUAAAUUUGAACCAUUAACAAAUGAUAUUGAAAUUGAAGUUAUACAUUUAAUGUGUGAUUGGGCUAUAACAACACGUCGACAUGGUGUUUAUCGUUCAUUUUUUAUAGCACGUUUACUUGAACGACGACAAAAUGAAUUAAAAAUAAAUCGUUUACAAGAAAUAAAUGAUACAAUUGAUGAUAAAGAUGUUAAUACAACAAUAAAUAAUCAAAUAAAUCCAUUUCAAACAGCAUUAAUGGAAUAUUUAUUAAAAAAAGCUCCAUUUUUGGAUGAUACAUCUAUUAAUGAUUCGGAUUUAACACAAUCAUUUUCAUCAUUAGUUAUGCUUUUUUCAGAAUUUAUACGUUUAAAUUUAUUUUCACCAAUGCAAUUUAUGUGUAAUCUUGUUGCACAUGGUCUUGUAUUAAUAAAUAAUGAUAAUCAUGAAAAUAAUCAUAAUAAUAAUAAUAAUAAUAAUAAUAAUAAUUCUCAUAUGAUAACAAAUCAUAAUUUAUAUAAACAACAUGUAUAUAAUACAAUGAUAAGACAUGAUACAUGUAAUAUUGAUUCUAAUUUUGAUCGACGUCAAACAAAUACAUUAAUCGAUCUUGAUCCAUUAGAAACAAUGAAUUCGGCAUCACCAACAACAACACCAAAAAAUUAUCUAAGACAAACAUCGAAAAUUGAAUUAAAUAGAAAUUCUCAUCAAUUAAAUGAAGAUUUUAAUAAUCAACAAAGAAAUCGAAAACGUUGUUUAUUUUAUCUAGAACAAUUUCCAUAUCCACUUGAUGAAGAUUUUCGAGAUGAUUUUAAUCAAAGAAAAAUUAUUUUAUUUGGUAUUACACCUAAACGUGAUGAAGCUAAACGUCAAUUGAAAACAAAUGUACGUUUAUUAAGUUCAUUAUUUAAAUUACGUAAUUGUCUUGAAACAACAACUGAAAGUCCUCCAUUUACACGUUCAACUCCCUAUGCACAUUAUUUACAAAUACGUCGAUCAAUAUUAUCAUUAUCAUAUCAUGAUCAAUAUUAUGUAACAAAUCGUGUUAGUAAAUUAUUAAUUGAACGUUUAACAAAUUUUAUUGAACGUCGUACAAGUCGUUUACCAUGGCUUGAUGAUGUUGCUUUCUUAUUUGAAUUAAUGGAAAAAUCUUUAAAUUUAUAUGGUUUAAUGCAAACAUGUGUUGAUAUAUUACGUCUAUUUAGUCGUAUUGAAUCAAUGGGUUCAUUAAAAUCAAGUCCAGGAAUGUAUAGUUAUCGUUUUGAACUUUAUUUAGAAAUAACAUCAAUAUUUCGUUUUUAUACACCUGUUUUAAUAUUAACACCAAAUAAUAUGAUACAAGUAUUUGAAAAUUUAAUACAAAUAACUCAACAUAUUCAAGAUCCUGUACGAACAACAUCAGUUGAACGUGCAUUACUUAUGCUUAUGCAUGAUUCAUAUUUUUCAUGUCCUUAUAUAAAGAGUAAAUAUAUGGAUCGUGUAACACAAAUAAUAGCAUUAAUUAAAAAAGAAUUAUAUACUCAAAGUUCACAAAAUAAUAAACAAGAUUUAGCAAGUACAAAUUGUCAAUGGGAUUCACAAGCAUUUCUUAGUAUUAUUGAAGAACCAAGAAAAGCAUUAACAGAAUUUCAAGUUGAACGAGAAAAAAUUCAUCAUACAAAACAACUUGAUGAAAGUCCACAAGCACGAGCUAGUUUUGUUAUUAAUACAUUAUUUGCAGUAGCUAAAGCAAAAUCAUUAACUUAUAUACAUGAUAUUGCACAUUUGGCAACUGAAUUAACAUGUCAAGUUUCCUCACUUGGUUCUAUUUGGUUAUUAGCUAUUAAAACUUUAAGUACUUCUGCUCCAUCAAAUCGUUCAGCAAAUACACCAAAUCAUCCAAAUGUUUUUGAUGAAUUACGUCGUAUUGAUCCAAAUGAUUUAUGUAUUCAUGAUAAUUUAUCAGUAUUUAUAUCAAUAUUAAUAGCUCGUCAUGCAUUAUCAAUAAAUGAUUAUAUUAUUGUUAGUGUUCAAUCAAUAAUUGCUUCAACACCCAAAGAACGUCUUGAUCCAUUAGCCUCACGUUCAAAUCCAUCAUUAUCACGUGUACGUGGUUCAGGUGGUGAAGAAGCUAAUGAACCAGGUACAAGAUUUACAUGUGAUGUUAUUGAACAUCUUUUUUGUGCUAAUCAUAUACCAUGGUCAAUGAUGAUUGCAUCACGUGAACGUCGUUUAUUAGCAUCAAAUUAUCGUUUAGUUGCAUUUGGUGCAUUUUUAUGUGUAUUAAAAUCAUUAUUAAUAAUAAGUCAAUCAUGUUUUAAAGAUUGUAAAAUAUAUUAUGAUUUAUGUCGUGAAAUAACACAACGACAUAAAGAUAAUGAUCGUCAUGAAAAUGCAUUAAAUAUGGAUGUUAAUAAUCAAGCUGAAAAAGAAUUUCGUCCAUAUCGUGAACCAAUACCAGAAGAAUUAGUUGAUUUAUCAAUGCGUGUUUUAAAAAUAUGUUGUGAUCAAGAUUGGAUACAAGAACGUUGUUUAAAAGAAUCUGAUACAUUAUGUAAUCAAACAAAUUUAUGUGAUAAAUUAUUAGAUGAUGGACAAGCACAACAAUUACUUCGUUUUAUAUGUUAUAAAUCAACAUCAGAAUUAACAAAAGUAUCAUUUGAUAAAGGACCUAAACCAAUAAUAUCAUCAUUAUUACAAAAUCUUAAUCAAUGGACAUUACGUGCAACAAUAUUAGAAUUAAAAUUAAUGAUUAAAAUUCUUGAAUAUAAUGUACCAUCACCAAGACCACAAGAUGCAAAUUUUAAUAUAUCAUUAGCAUUAAAAACACAUGAACAUAAUACACAACAUUUAUUACAAUCAAUAGCAAGUGCAACUAUUGAAUUAUUUCAACAUCAAACUGAAGGUCGAUAUGGAAGUUCAUCAUCAUUAACACUAAUUAAUGAACAAUAUGAUAGAAAAGGAAUUUGGUUAAUUGCACCAUUAAUAUCACGUUUACCAGAUAAUGUACAAAGUAGAAUAUUACAAAUAGCUGGAGGUGUACUUGAAAAUGGUAAUUCAAUGUUAAAUUCUUCGAAAAGUAAAAAUGAUAAAGAAAAUCAAGUUUUACGAAGCAUAUCAUUAUUAAGUCAUCAACCAUUUUUAUCUCUUGUUUUAUCAUGUUUAAAAGAUCAAGAUGAUCAACGUACAGGGUUACUUGAUUCAUUACGUGGACAACUUGAACAAUUAUAUAAACAAGAAUGUGAACAUUGUUCACCACCUGGUAAAAGUCUUUCAAAUAUAUCAUUAACAGUCAAACCAACAGGUAGUAACAGUGGUAUGGGUAAUGGAGAAUCAUAUCCAGAUUGUCGUUGCAAUUGUCACAAAACAGAUUGGCAAAUCUAUUCGAAUAAUUUGGCACCUAUUGUUCAAGAUGAUCCAAAUAUGAAAAUAAUUAUUUUUGAAUCACUUCAACUUCGACUUAGUCUUAUUGGUGGAAUGUUUGAUACUAUUGUGCGUAAUAAUAAUUCUGCAACAGAAUGGAUUUCGGUUUUUUCUCAAUUAAUUGCAUCAGGUGUUAUUGAUACAAAAAAUAAUUCACCUUUAUUAAAUACUGUACUUGAUAUGCUUGGUGUUCUUGUACAUGGAAUAGUACCAGCUGAAGGACCUAUUGAAGCAAGUCGAAUUUAUAUGACAUUAGUACGAAAAAUUCGUAAAGAUAUUGGUGAAAGACGUUCAGAAGCGUUAGAUGAAGUUAAAAGAUUUUUACCAUUACAAAAAUUAUCAUUUGAUAUAUAUGUUGUUGAACCAUUUGAUGGUGUUAAUAAUCGAAUGUUAAAUCCUGAAAUGAAAAAACAUGGAUUACAAGUUGCACGAAAAGAAAAAAUUAAUAGUUGGGAAAUGAUUGAAGGUUCAAAAUCAGCAACAUCAAUUUGUUAUUCAUGGUUUUGUGCAAAAAAAACUGAACGUAAACGUUUAAGAUAUGAAGAACAAUAUCGUUUAUUACUUCGUCAUAAACAUAAUCUAUUUGAUAAAAGUCUUACUUACUUUCGAGAUCCACCAGCUAUACCACCUGAAGCUCCUGAGCAUCCAGAAUUAGAAAUUGUUGGAGAAAAUCGACCAUCACUUCAUAGUCAAAUGUCAACAGGUCCAGGUUCAUAUGUUUCUAUGUCGCCUAUACCUGGUGCUCAUAUGCCUCCACAUACAUCAGGUAUGCCUAAACCAAUGCUACCAACAAUGGUUGAUAUGCCUGUUAAACAACCAUCACCUCAUAUGGGUGUACCAGCUCCUCGUUCAACACCUGAACGUAAAAUACGUGGUCAUCCACCAGCAACUUCUGCUGGUCCAACAAAGCGUACACCACGUAUGCCACGUAGUGGAUCAACACGUGCUGCUUCAAUUCAAGCACAAGCUCCAACCGCACCAACUAUUUACUCAACACAACCAACAUCAUCACCACAUUCAAUAUAUCCACAAACAAGUUAUCCUCCAUGGACACAAACUGUAUCUGGUUCUCAACCACCAAUGAUACCGAAUUAUCCAAAUGCAUCACAAAUGAAACCACAACAUAUUAUACAAAAUGUUCGAACUUCUGGUGUUGUUCCUGGUCGUCCAAAUGUACAAUAUUCAAAUCAAACAAUACAACAACCACCAACAUCACAACAACAACAACAACAACAACAACAGCAAGGACAAUCAUCACAAAUGCCACUUGGAUAUAUGACUGAUCAAACACCAAUCAUGGUUUCAUCAACAGGUGCUAGUGCAAUGCCUCCAAAUGCAAAUCGACAAACAAGUAAUUCUGCAGUUAAAAGAAAAUUAGGUGACACAACUAUGUAUACGAAUGAACAAACUCAAUAUGCAACAACAGCUAAAAUAACAAUUCAACCAACAGUUGCUUCAAUGCCACAAUAUCAACAAAAUCCAGUAAUGAUGCCACAAAAUACUUAUUUACAACAAGGACAAUCACAACAAGCAUCUCAUUCACAAAUGUACGCUCAAGGACAAAUGUCUUCUGGUCCUUAUAUGAAUAAUCCAAUGCUUGGAAAUCCAGCAAAUAUGAUGCCACAACAAACAUCUGUUUAUCCAAAUAUGAUAAGUAAUCAACAACAAAAUGUUUAUAAUUCAACAGCUGGUAAUCCAACUCUAAAUCGAACACCAAAUCAAACACCAAUGUCAAUAUCUAAUCAACAAUGGUCAAACAAUCAAACAAUGAAUGUUAACAGACAACCACAAAAUGCAUAUAAUCAAAUGAUGCCAUCUGAUCCACAACAACAUUAUGUUCAACAACAACAACAACAACAUUAUCAAUAA